CACUCCCGAUAGAUGACUGUCCAACAUCUGUUUAAAGAUUGCCACUGAGGAAACCUUCUAGUGAAGACUGCAGGGACGCAACGAGAGGAGAACCUUCAGACAAGUCCUUUGUACAGAAGAAAGUGCAUCGUAUUAUACUUGCCUAGAGGCUUUAGCCAUCCCCAGUGGAAAUAGAGAACCAGACAGACGCAGGGUGAGGGAGAAAGAGAGAAACAAUGCGGACCCUUAUCAUCCUGGCACUUCUGGCAGUCCUGAUGAUGGCAGCUUUCUGUUAUGAAUCCCAUGAGAGUAUUGAAUCACAUGAAUUUAUAAGUCCCUUCAUUAACAGAAAGCAUGCCAACAUCUUCAUGAGAACUGCACCUGAGUACAAGUGGAAUCGAAUUGUGCAGGAAAGGAUCAGAGAGCGCAACAAGACCCCCCAGGAACAGCAGCGGGAAAUCUGCGAAGAUUACAAACCCUGUGAGCGCUACUCUCGGUACUAUGGCUCUCCUGCUGCUGCAUACAGGCGAUUCUUUGGGCAGAGAAGGAACAAGUAAAAACAGCAGGAAUCGCCAUUCCCAGUGCCUGGAGCCUGGGUUCCUUGUAUCUACAAAGAGUGACAUCUCUGAAAUAUACUGUUGCUUGUUGACUGUAUGUUAUUCCACCUGCUGCUUCACUCUUCUAUAGCCAAUGAUUCCUAGAUUCUGUGUUAAUUAGCACAAUGCUGAAGUAGUGGUGGUUGGGCAGAGAAGGAUGUGGGGUGCUCAUUACAAAAUAAACGGCUGGUUUGAUACUGUU